AAGCAAAUACACCAGAGAUAUGGAGGCAUGUUUUUGUGUGGAUAAGACUUUUCACCUCACACCAGGUUGGCAUCAUACAUCAUAGGGUGGUCUAUACAAAUUGAGGUAUUAAUCUCAAGCCAUCAGACAAAAUGUUCAAAGGAAGACCGCUUAUGCGAUGCUGCUUACUCCUCUGUGGAAUAGUACUUCUUUUAGGGGUUUUGCAGUUUAUUUUCAGACCUGUGCCUUUUGGAGUAAUCAGUGCUUGCUUCAGGCCUUCCAGUCCUCAUCCUGGCAGUGAACCGGUAUUGACCCAACAAGCAGUUCCAUCUCCCAUAGCAACAACUGCACCUAGAAAAUCAAAAAAGCUCACCUGGAGACCUGUGAAUCAGGACUUGGCCUUUCCACAGGGAUUACAUUAUGAACAGCCCCACCUCCUGAAGCCAUGGAGAGGUGAUGUGUUGACAGUCACACCAUGGCUGGCGCCCAUCGUCUGGGAAGGAACCUUUGACCCUGUUAUCAUUGACAACAUAUACAAGCCACUAAAUCUUACCAUUGCAACCACCGUGUUUGCAGUUGGAAAAUAUACCCGUUUUCUGCGUGAUUUCCUGGAGUCAGCUGAGAAGCACUACAUGGUGGACUUCAAAGUGCACUACUACAUCUUCACUGAUCAGCCCACAGAAGUGCCAUCAGUGAAUCUUGCUCCUGGGAGAGAACUGAGUGUCAUCCAGGUGCCCAAGUUCAACCGCUGGCAGGAGAUUUCCUUGCGAAGGAUGGAGAUAAUCCAGACAGCCAUCGAGGAGCGGAUCCAUAAAGAGGCCGACUACAUCUACUGCCUAGACGUGGAUAUGAAAUUCCACAACCGCUGGGGGCCAGAGGUGCUGGGGUCAUUGGUUGGUGCAAUACACCCAUGGUUUUAUGAAUUUGAACGUGAACAUUUCACGUAUGAACGCCGCCCUUCCUCCAAGGCCUACAUCCCAAAGGACCAGGGAGAGUUUUACUACAUGGGUUGUGUUUUUGGGGGCCGUGUUGAGGAAGUGCACAAACUAACCAAAAAGUGCCGUGAGCACCUAGAGGUGGACAAAACCAGUGAGAUGGAGGCAGUCUGGCAAGAAGAGAGUCACCUCAACUGGUAUUUUCUGUACAACAAACCAACCAAGCUGUUGUCCCCAGAGUACCUGUGGGAUGAUCUGAAGGGUGGAACCCCGCGAGAGAUUAGGGUCGUCCGUUUCUCAUCUGUCGUCAAGAACAAAGCUGAAGUGCGUGAAAAUGUCUAGUUGUUUGGUCUGAAUGAGGGAUGUUUAACAGUACAAGGCAGUUUUACUGUUCAUUUAAAACAUUUAAAAGCAUGUAUACUGUCAGUGCUCCGCCUCCUUAGCUGUCGUGC